CCGCUGAAAAAAGGAUGAAAUCCAAAUAAGGGCCGAAACCUCUUCUGUCGUCGGAAUUCAGGAAAAGCAAAACAGAUAUACAGCAGACAGCUCCGACCCAGAUGCAAAAGAAGUUUUUCAGAAUGGUUAACUUAGAAGUUAUUAAUGACCUGUGGCUGCAGAUUGAUAAAUUACAUUUGAGUUGCCUUCAAACUGAAGAAAGUCCACAAAGGAUAGAACAAAAACGGAAACUCAAGGGCUACAUGAAGGAGUAUUUGUGCUUGGUUACCGCUAACCAAAGAUUUUACUCUCCCACUACCAAAGCAGUACUUUACACAUCUAUACUUAGACGGAGUGAGCAAUUUAGCCCAAACCGAUUUAGACAUGCAUGGGAAAUGCUUGCAACUUAUGCAGCUAAUUUACUUGGCCAGCCUUGGAGGAAAGAAUUUAAUGAAAUUCGAUUAUACAGUGGGGCCUUCAAAUACCAAAUUGAGCAACAGUUGAUAGGAGCUGAAGAGAUUCUAAUGGAAAUGGGCUAUACUUUGGAUAUUGAGUAUAAUCGCUUGAUAGUUCAAGGUGUCUUGGACUAUGAUAGGGUGGUCAUCAGUCACAGAGACUGCCUUCUUGCAGAAGUGGAAUCUCAGAUUCUUUGUGAGAUCCAUGCUGCACUGAGUGUCAGUCCAAGACCCUGCUCAUGGGUAUCCAUAUUUGAUUUUCGCGACAGUUAUGUUGGAUCAGUUAAUCACUGCGUAAGAGGUUUGAUGUACCAACACGCACAAAAAGAAAACCUCUACAAUUACAAUCCACCAGCACCUGUCACUUCUUAUUUGGGACCUCAUGAAAUGUAUCCAAGUUCCUUCCCCUUUCAAAUGAUGUACCAGCAGUACGCGAAACCGGCCUACAACUAUUCUCUCUCUGCUGAACAAAAAGAAAUCUAUCUGCCCAAGACUCUUCCCGUGGAAGAACCGACAUCGAUUCCUGUUAACUAUCAAACUAGAUCCCUCGAACCGAAGUCGAUUAUUGAAGGACAAGGCAUCCCAGAAACUUUCGACGUCUGGAACAACUCAUUCGUUCGUGAGAUGAAGAGCAUACCAAAGUUUGACAGUCUAUUGGAUAUUGAUCGCUUGGAGCAGCUUUGCUACGAUGACGUAGAUAACUGUCCGAGUAGCAGCACUACUGUCGAAAGAUCGAAAGACAAUCGAGUAAACAAGUUGAAAGAAGAGAGAAACGUUCCUACUUCUGUUAAAGAAAUGUUUGGUGGAAACUAUGAUCGAAUGCCGGAAAAGACUGCACCUUCAAAAAUAACAAACAAUCCUCAAUAUUUCACGUCUGGAUCAUCACCGGUUGGAGCUAGGCCAAAAGAGUCCGCAGCCGCCCAAGUUAAUGGUAGAGCCGCUAGACAACAUUUAAAUUCUGCAAAGUUCAAUGGAUGGGAGUGCCUGUUUUGCACUUUUCUGAAUCCCGACGAUCGAGAAAUUUGCGACAUGUGUUCCAAGUCGAGACACAAGGGCCCUGAGAGCCAGCCUCUGUUCCGCGGAGGACGUGAAUGCUCCAAUUGCACUUUGGUGAACGCACCAGAAGCAGAGAAAUGUGCUGCCUGCUCCACCUCACUCACAAAUGCCCCUACCUACAUCUAAAGAUUCCUCACACAAAAACCGUUCUACUACUAAAAAUAAUUAUAUACUAGUGUUCUGACUCCUUUUUUUUUAGAGAGAUUUCAAAAUUGUAUUUAUUGAAUGGACAGAGACAGUGUUGGAAAUGAAUGUAAUUUUCGUUAACUUCUUUCUUCUGUUGGCUGGUUACUCAAGAAAGCCAGAUGUCCUUUGUUACACCUGUUUGAAAUAAAAAUUACAGCAUGAGUGAUAUUACAUUGAAA